AUGGCGCGCCGCCCACGCUGCACCGUGUGCGGCUCCAAGCGCUGGCACCGCGACGCCCUCUCCGGCUCGAUCGUGUGCGACGAGGGCCACCUCCUCCAGGGCUACGUCCACGAGACGACCGACACCCAGGAAGGGCCCUCGCAGCACACCCAGACCACCCGCCGCAUGCGCAAGAACAAGCACAAGAAGCACCGCCCGCCCUCGAACCACCACUUUCACGGCCACCGCGCCCGCUUCCUCCACUACCAGGCAAUCCAGCUCGUCCUGCGCCACCAGCUGCGCGCCCUCAUUGACGACCUCGGCUGGCCCGCCGAGCUCGAGCCCGUCGCCCGCGACCUGUGGCAGCUCGUCGUCGCGAGCUCGCACCUCGAGCCGACCCCAGCGGACGCGACCCGCGACGACGAGCCGCCGGGCAGCUAUGCCGGGCCCCGCCCCGGCUUGCGCUACGCGCGUAGGGGGCGGCACAAGUACGGGCCACGCGGCGGUGGAGGAGCGGGGCGCGGGCGCGGCGGGCGAGGCGGGCGAGGCGGGCGAGGGCACGACGACGAUGACGACGAGGACAGCGCGGGGGGAGAAGCAGACGUCGAGCGCCAGAGCGAGACGGACGAGUCGGCGCGCUCGUCGUCGUCGUCCGGGAGCAGCAGCGGUGGCUCGGGCUCGGACACCGAGUCGCUCGGCGACCAAGCCGACGACGAGCGGCCGCGCGCAGCCUCGCGCGGCCCGCUCUCGGGCCCACCGUCGCCCGCCAUCCCGCCCCUCACGCCACAGCACGAUGGCGAAGGCGACGGCGGCCCGUCGCCGUUCAACCCGUUCACGCCGCCGCGCCGCACGGCGGCGGCGUCGGCUCAGCGCGAGCGCGCACGCGCGCGCGUCGUCGACGACCCGCGCGACGCGCCCCGUCUUGAGUUCACGCUCCUCAUCGUCUACCUCGCGUGCGUCACGCUGCGCCUGCCCAUCUUCCUGUCGGACGUGUUCCGGCUCGCCGAGUCGUACCAGAUCCUGUACCUCGAUGCGGCGGCGCACUUGCCGCGCGACAUGCAGCAGCACCUCGACGGCUCGACUCGAGACGCUCUCUCGCCCAAGGCCGUCCCGCACCUGUACUCGCACACGGCGUCGCUCGAGCGCCAGCGUGACGACUCGGCCGAGGUGUGGCUCCAGCGCCUGGUCGUCCUCUUUCGCGACGACUGGGGCGUCCACUUCCCCGAGGCCAACGUGCCGCUCGUCGUCGGGCGCGUGGCCGACUUGCUCGCGAUGCCGCCGCUCGUUCCCCUCCUCACGACGCACCUCCUCUCGCACCUCCCCGGCCCAGCCUCGUUCCACCUCGCGACCUCGUCACACACGCCCGCGCCGUCCUUCUGGCGCGCGCGCCGCGACGGCGGCGACGGGACCGGGCGGCGCGAGGGUGAGUGGCCCCGCAUGGGCAAGCGGCUCAAGGGCGCCAUGGACUGGAGGGGGGCGCUGCCCGAGGUCAAGGUCGCGAGCUUGGUGGUGGUCGUCGCGAGGCUGCUGUGGCGCCUCGAUGGGGAGGAGGAGAGCGGGGAGGAGGCGCGGGACGAGGAGGAGGGCGGAACGAGCUCUCGAUCAAGUCGGCCCGACGACCUGCUGCCCUCGCGCGACACCUGGCUCGCAGCUGCCGAGGCGCUCGCGGCGCUCGACCCGCCGGGCGACCUCUCGGCCCUGUGGAGAGGCGACGUGUGCGACUUGAGCGGCGACGAGAUGGACGCGUACCUCGAGUGGUUUGAGCAGCACAUCCUGAGCGACGAGAAAGUUCCCUCUCGGUUCGCCGACGUCGCGCGCUUCUUCCCGGCUCCCGAGGUCUACGACCCGCCCCGACCGCAGUACGGCCCCGAGGCGUACCUCGACAAGGUCGACCGCAUCCUCGAGCCGCUGUACGGCCCUCGCGCCCGUCCACCGCCGCCCUCGUCGCGGCACGACGCCCCGAACGGCGCCGCUGCUCGGCCGGCCGCACGCGCCAACGGGUUCGAGCCGCUGUUCCCGCCGUCGAGCACGCCGGCACCGCCGACUUCCCCUCCUGCGGCCGACCGACGGGCACGAGUCGCCGACGACCGCUCCUCGCCGCCACCGCCGUCGCCCUCUCUCGCGGCCGCAGCUCCCUCGGAGCCAGCUCGCGCCGCAUCCCCUCCACGCGCGCCUCCCUCCCACCUCCCCUCCGUCCUCCCCUCCUACGACCACACCCACACCCUCGCGCUCUCGACCUCGCCCGCCACGGCGCUCCCCACCGCGCUGCACCGCCUCCUCACCCUCGUCGCGCACCACCUCACGCCCGCGCCGCUCGCGCUCCACCCGGCGCUCGCCGGCGCCGCACCGCGCGACGACACGCGCGGCGUCGCGAGCUUGGUGCCUUUCGUCGAGCAGGUCGAGUGGGCGCUCGAGAAGGGACUGAGGGGUGCGAGCGCGGGCGCGCGCAGGCUGGGCAAGCUGGAGCGUGAGGGCGAGGGGGGCGAGGACGAGAGCGAGGGCGACGCGGCAGGGAAGGGGGACCGGCAGCGCAGGCGGGUGCGCAAGGGCACGGUUUCCGUUGACGAGGGCGAGGUCGGCGCGCUCGAGCGCGCGGGGAAGCUCGCGGCGCAGGCGCCGGGCGUCGACCCAUACAUGUUCGAGUACGCCGACGGGCAGCAGGGGCUCGGUGGGGCUGGGUACGGCGAGAGCGAGGACGAGGACGAGGGUGCGGGCUCGGGCUCGAGAUCGGGCGCAGGGUCGGGCGAGGAGGACGAGGGGGAGGGCAGCGACGACGAGGGCUCGGCGAGGUCGAUGGGCUCGGGCAGGUCGGGCACGCCGGGCGGACUCGUCAACUUGCGGCUGAUCAAGACGGCCGAGUUCAUCACGUCGAGCGACGACGAGGAGAUGGACCUCGACGACGACGGGGCCUGAGCGCAUCUCGGCUUGCAAUCCACUCGCUCGUC